AUGGAUCUUCCCCGAGAAGUCCAGCCCGGCGGUCUGCGCGUCAUGAACCAAUAUUUCCCUCCCGGUACCAUAGUCGGCGUCCCGACUUACUCGCUACAUCAUGACGAGGCCUACUUUGACGAUCCGUUUGCUUACCGGCCCUCUCGCUGGCUGCUUCAUGGUAGUCCGGCCUGCCAGGGCGACGAGGGCGUUAGCGCGGAGAUCCUUGCCCGGCAGAAGGAGGCGUUCGUGCCGUUUAGUCUGGGUCCGAGGGCCUGUAUUGGGAGGAAUGUGGCGUGGAUGGAGCUGGAGGUGGGGCUUGCGAGGGCGCUUUGGCUGUAUGAUAUUCGGAUUGCGCCGGGGAUGGAGCAUGUUGGGGUCGCUAAGCGUGGUGGGGAGUAUAUGAUUAGAGAUAAUUUUGUGGUGGGCAAGGAGGGGCCGAUGGUUCAGUUUCGUGAGAGGGGUUGA